AUGGCGGAUGCCGAUGAGGAGGAGGACACACUGGGGAAGCUCCGGCAACCGGCACCCCCAAGGCCGCCCUCGGAAAGAGCAGACAUCUCAGAGAGUGCCCAAAACGAGGCUGACGCCGACCCGGGGGAGAACCGUGAAGAGCCGAGCCGCCUUGUCCAAGACAACGGCGCCCAGGACGACAGCCUGAAGCAUCGCUCGGCGCUCGACGAACUUCUGCAAAAAGCAGAGGCUUCGCCCUUGGAGUCGCGAACAAGCGCGGCACCAGACCGCAAGCCUUCAACUCCGAACCUUCUUGACAUCUUCGAGAAGGACGUGCCUCGCCGCCCUUCCUUCUCGCCCAGAGUUUCCGAAGAUGCGGUGACGGCGUCUCUCCCGGCGUCCCUCUCGACAGCCCUGGUCCAGGCGCGCGAGGCGCGCGCCGCGGCCACCGCAGAGCGUGCCGAGCGCACGGAGCGUGUCAGCGGGAGUCGCAGCACGAGCAAAGACUCUGUGCGAACGGAUCUUUCCAUGAAUGUCGAUUGGGCAUCCAGCAAAGCCAAGGAUAUGUUCAGGAAGGGCGUCAUGUCGUCCAAAGAGGCCGCCGCUCGGUCUUCUUCAUCAUCUGCUCGUGCCUUCCCCAAAGAGCAGCUCAAGAAAAUUGGUGAUGAGCUCCGCGAGAUGAGAGAGCGGUACGAGUCCAUAUUUGUGGAGAAGCUGGAUUUCUUCUCCGUGGCCGAUCGCGUUGCCAGGUUGGAGACCUCGUUGGAAGAGCAGCUAGGAAAAGGAGGCAACUUGCCCACUGCGCUCUCAGCCCUCAGAUCGGAGAGCAAGCAGCACCUGGUUGAUCACCAUGACGUCUUGGGAAAGAUUGCAGAGAUCAAUGCUGCCACGGUCAACAACACGGCUCGCCUCCGCGAUGAACAACAUCGCGUCGAGAAUGCCGCAGACCAUGCGUUCCGCACGGCCAAGAAUCUGGAGCAGGUUAGCAACAGUCUCACGUUUACCAGGGAGGCUUUGGGUGAGGACGUGACGCGCAUGGCCAAGGCCGUGCAGGCCUUAGCCACAGAGGUGAAAACCAUCGAUCAGGAGCAUCGGACCUUCCUCGCUCAGCAGGCCAACGAAAAGGCGUCCAUGGAAGGAGGCGAUGGCUACCGGGGCUGGUUCAUCAAGAUCAAGCAGCAAAUGCAAGACCAGGAGUAUCUGCACUCCGUCAUGGUGCGCGACUUGCAGUAUGUCAAGCAGCAGUUCGACUCCUGCGCGACAGAGGCGGACCUGAAAACAGUCCAGGAGAAGCUGCAAGACCUGGAGGAGGAGAACGGGAGGCUUCAGGAAUUCGUGCAUGAGAAGUUCUUCGAAGUACAGGACCAAGAAAGACGGGAGAUGAUGGACAAGUUCGCAGCAAAGUGGGAUCCGUACAACAAAGGUCGCCUGCUUCGAGGAACGCUGGAGCACUGGGCCAAUUUCGUUCGACACAUGAACAAAACAAGAGAGGCUCUGCGACGAGUCAAGCAGGUGUACGCCAAGACGCACAUCACGUCCCGCUUGAGAUCGUGGUGGUAUCUCAUGCAGAGGGACCACACGGACAGCCAGUUCCGAAGCCUGUCUGAAAACCUGGAGACGCAGGAGGCAAAGCUGGAAGGUGCUCGUGGAGCCCUUUUGAGACACGAGAAGGUUACGGCCGAGCAGAGCCGAAGUCUCCAGUACAGAGUUCUUGCAGUCGAAAAGGGCCUCGAGGCCGCCGAACGCGACAAGGCCACCAAGGAGGAAAUGCACGAGAAGUUCAACGCAAUUGAAGACCGAUUGCAAAAGGAGCUCUCCCUUGAGCCGAUCCGCCAAGCCUUGGCCGAGCUCCAAGCGGAUGUCCGCCGGCUUCAGGUGCAGAAACACGAUGAAGCAGAUGCUGCUGUGGACCGCGAGAAGACGCUGGCCUUGUCCAGCACAGCUGGUGAUGUUGGUGCCGGUGCAGCACGAGGACUGGGCAUCGGGCCUCUGUCACAUCUCCUCCAGAAUUGCCAAGGAGGGCUUCGGGAAGCAAGACAGCAGGUGAGCCUGGCUGUCGACCUAGCGCAACGUGCAUCCAGCUGCUGUGCGGAGCUCCCUACGGCCUGGCUGGAGACGCGAAGCCAGAGCUGGUGGCAAUUCAGCGAUGCAUGGCCGCCCCACGUGGCGAAGCUUCUCACCUCUUUGACAGAGGGGGCGCGAGAAGCCACGGAGACUUGCAAGGCGGGUGUCGCUGCUGCCCUUCGAUGGGCGGAAGCUGCUUCGCAGCCGUGUCAGUCUCCAGGCCGCGGCACAUCAACUUCCGAAGCAGAGGCCACGGCAACUCUGCACGUUGCGCUGGAGGCGGCAGAAACAUUGGCAACUGCAAGGACCAAUCUGAUGCUGGUGACAGCAGAGCUGAUAGAAAGACACUGGAGCAGCAGGCCGCUUGCUCAACUUCUCCGAAGCCUCUCACUAGGCACACGUGUGACCUGGGCAAGCCAGUUCCAGGAUGCAGAACCAGCCCUUCUGGUCCGCUUUUUCUGCGCCGCCGCAUCUACCGCCUUGCUGGAACUGCGCACGAUCAAUUUGGCCGCACACGUGACGUGGAUGGGGCACGAGGAUGUUGCAGCAGAAGUGCAAGAGCCAGAAGUCAUGACGUACCUGCGUACGGCCGGCAGCUACUUGCAACUUGAGGUCCUGGAGCAGGCUGAUGUGUACCGCCGCCUUGAAGAGAGUCGCGAGCCCGCGUCACUGCGGAGGGCGCGUGCGCUCGGCCAAAUUGGGCAGGUCGCAGCCAGCAAUGAAUCCGGGGAGGCACUGCUGGUCAUUGGCCUAUCCCUGCACAACACCUACAGUCAAGCAAUGCACUGCAAGGAGGAGGUGCGGAGACAUCUGCCUACAGAAGGUGUGAAGGUGCUGCUGCUGGAAGACUACUUCUUGAAGAUUUCGCCGCAGCUAUCGGUCGCCUUCCGUUCCAGCACGACAAUAGAUCAGAAAGUCGAGCUGGUGGCCAGGCCGGCAUUUGGGUUGCACUUUCGCGACGCAGACCUGUGGGACCAGGCCCCUUCUCUUGCAAGAGUAAAAUGUGUGCAAGCCCGAGUCUGCUGGAGAAUGCAACUGCGUGAGGAUGUUCCCGGUGUGUCUCUCGAGACCUCCAGGGGCGACUACCCAUCCGACCCAGGCUGUUGGUAUCGGCUCCCGAGCGGUUGUCCCACUUCGGCAGACCUUCUCUUGCAGCAACGAGACUGGCGCAGAGACACCUGGGGUGAACAGUCCUUUGGAGCUGGCUCUGACGCCAGAAGCUGCCUCGAGCUGCGAAGGAACGCCUUCAACCGGUGGUGUGGCAUCGAGGAUGUCCAAAUGCACUACGUGCCAUCAGCUUCCAUACCGCAAGCUCCAAGAGGACCGCGUGUUGCGGAGGUGCUCGAUGCGCUGUCCAGGUCAGACAUUGCGAGCAUAGACGGCGUCGAACGCUUCGAAGCUGAGGCCCAUCAUCCUGGCCUGCCCCGUGCCUUUGAAAGCUACGUCUGGUGGCAUGCAAACACCUUGGCAAAGCUGAAAGCGGGCGCUGAGACCAGCGUGAAGUUUCUUGUCUGGGCAUGCCAGCCGUCUCUUCCUUGUGGAGGUCAUGGCGAUCGGCUAAAGGGCAUACUGGCGACCUUCGUCUUGGCGGUCCUCACUGGCCGCCUUUUCCUGCUGGACUCCCCUGAUCCCUGGGACUUGCGUUUGUUCCUGGAGCCCGCCCUCCUGGACUGGAGGUCUGUUGGACUAGCCGGGUACGCAGCUGGGAAGCAUGUCAUCUGGGAUCACGAUCACUUCGAGGAAACUUACUUGCAGCAGUUGCUGGAGACGGAAGACCCGAUCUGGAUUAUGUACACGAACAAGAAGUCACUACUCGGGCCGAUCCUUCGCAGCCCAUUGCUCACGGAGCGUGCGAAAAGUGUGGGAGUGUUGGAAAUCCCGCACUUGACCAAGCAGGUCUGGUCCAUCCUCUUCCGGCCCACGCCGGCGCUGGAGAAGCAGUGGAGGAAGCUUCAGGAUGAGCUUGGUGAAGGCUACAUUGCUCUCCAUUACCGUGCUGGCGACAUCACUGCCGGUUUCGGCAUGGUGAACGGAGAGGUGGACAUCCGUUCUCCGGGCCACACGGAGGUGCUGAACCUUCUCUCCUGUGCUCACCACCUCGAGCAACUUUUGGAGCUGCCAUCCUCGACGAGGUGGUAUCUGACUGCAGACACCCCAGCUGUGACGAAAGUGGCGCAGGUGCAGACAUGGCAGAGUUCCGGCAAGCUAGUCGUCCGCAACGUCAGCAGGAGAGCACACUUGGUGAAAGAGGGCCUGGUUCCACCGUGUGGUUCCCUGGGAGAAGAGGUGGUCGCCUCAAGUCGUACGCGUCGACUUGCUCAUCUGAGAAUGACGACUGCAGAGCGCUACAGAGAUCGGAUUGCCAAGCGCACAAAGGGUGUAGGCACACUUUGCUCGGAGUUCCGCAACUGGCUGGUGCGCCACGACGAGUCGCUGAAGCGGAAGGCGGAGAUCUCUGAAACCGACACCAAAGCGGAUGCCCAGCUUGUGGAACAGGUGCUGGUCCUCAUGGCCAAGCAGGCGGAUCAAUUGGCAACCAUGGUGUCGAGCGAUCUUGACCAACUGCGGCUGGCCCUCACCAGGUUCCUCGAGAUCUCCCCUGACUUCCGCAAAGCAUCCUUGUCAAUAGGCAUGGAGCCCCAAGAGCAGUGUGUCGCGUGCAGAGCCUUGCCCCGCAAAGUCGUCAACGACGCUGCAACAGGCUCAGACGGAUCCGUCUACAGGAUGGGCGUGGAGACCGUGCUCUCGGCGGCGGAACAAACCCAGAAGGUGCUGGCUGACAAGCUUCGAUUUCCACUCAGCCUCUCCAGCAGUCUGUUUGUGGGAUGCACGGGCGGUCCGCAAGCAGCAGAGGCACAGGCAUCUGCAAUACAGCCUCUACCUCUUCUGCGCCAAAUGGUGGUUGCAGAAUCUGGUUGGUUGACUGGCAAGGAGUCGGGGCAAGAGUCUGAGCGAGCUGGACAGCGCAAGUUGGUGCAGAGCCAGGAGAUACCAGUGCCGGUGGCCACACCUCGCUCCAAGCGGCGGCCUCCAAGCGCACAAGAUCAGGAGCCACGCGACCGACCGCAAAGUGUGCGCUCGUACUUCCCCGCCGUGGAUGUGCGAGGGGCUAUUCCCAAUGGUCGCAGAAGCCGCUGA